GGCCGGAGGCCUGCGCAGCGCGGGUGUCCGAGGCAGGGAGGCCUUGGUCGGCCUGAGGGCCAGGGGCUGCGCUCCGCGCGUGACGUUUACAUUUAGGAUGAAGACGAGACCCGCACGGAGGUUUGCUGAGUUUGGGGGAUGGUGCCCCCGUUGAAGUCACGCUUGGUUCCCGCGGCCCUAAAGAUUCUUCCGGAAGCAUCACUUCUCAGUCUGCGAGGCUGACGGAGCUCAACGCGAGGGACACGGACAGACACGCACAAGGGUCCCUGAGUUGGAGACCCUGACCGCCCUACAAAGUGAAGCUGGGACCCACACCUGUUCCACCGGGAGAAUGAAGUUGCAGGCUCCCUGACUUCCAUCACGGAAAGAGACACUGGUUUUCAGGACUGGUCAAUAAGAGGCAUGGAGAGGGUUUUUAGGGAGAAACUUAAACCGCGCACUAGAGUGGAGUGUGCUUAUUCAGAGAAAUGAGGCCCCUAGGAUCCUUAGCGGGGUGAUGUCUUCAAGAUGGGCAGUCGAGGAUGCGGGUUCCUACUGUCUGUCCGCUCGCUGGGGGUGGGGGGAGGGGUGGCUGUGCAGAAGGCGAACUAUUUGCAUGUGUUUAACGUUGAGAUCGGCGGCCCGUGAGAACUACUGCUCCCUUGAGGGUGGAGGUCUGCGAGAGGAAGCACAGUUAACAGGUCUGCUUGCUUUGGGGAGGAGCUGCAGACUGGCCCACGGCAUAAGGGAUGGGCUCAGAGAACAGUGCUUUAAAGAGCUAUACCCUGAAAGAGCCACCGUUUACUUUACCUGCUGGACUGGCUGUUUAUCCUGCUGUGCUGCAAGAUGGCAAAUUUGCUUCAGUUUUUGUAUAUAAGAGAGAAAAUGAAGACAAGGUUAAUAAAGCUGCCAAGCACUUGAAGACCCUUCGUCACCCUUGCUUGCUAAGAUUUUUAUCUUGUACUGUGGAACCAGAUGGUAUUCACCUUGUCACAGAGCGAGUGCAGCCUCUCGAAGUGGCCUUAGAAACAUUGUCUGCUGCAGAGGUCUGUGCUGGUGUUUAUGACAUACUGCUGGCUCUAGUCUUCCUUCAUGACAGGGGACACCUAACACACAACAAUGUCUGCUUAUCCUCUGUGUUUGUGAGUGAAGAUGGGCACUGGAAACUAGGAGGAAUGGAGACCGUUUGUAAAGUAUCUCAGGCCACACCAGAGUUUUUGAAGAACAUUCACUCAGUUCGAGACCCAGCUUCUGUCCCUCCUGAAGAGAUGUCCCCAGAAUUCACAACUCUCCCAGAGACUCAUGGACAUGCACGGGAUGCCUACUCAUUUGGAACACUGGUGGAGAGCCUGCUCACAAUCUUAAAUGAACAGGUUUCAGCGGAUGUUCUCUCCAGCUUUCAGCAGACCUUGCACACAGCCCUGCUGAAUCCCAUUCCACACUGUCGGCCCGCGCUCUGCACCUUACUGUCCCAUGAGUUCUUCAGAAAUGAUUUUCUAGAAAUUGUGAAUUUCUUGAAAAGCUUAACACUGAAGAGUGAAGAGGAAAAAACUGAAUUCUUCAAAUUUCUACUGGACAGAGUCAGCUGCUUGUCAGAGGAGUUAAUAGCAUCGAGGUUGGUGCCACUUCUGCUUAAUCAGUUGGUGUUUGCAGAGCCAGUAGCUGUUAAGAGUUUUCUUCCUCAUCUGCUUGGCCCCAAAAAAGACAAAGAACAAGGAGAAACCCCUUGCUUGCUCUCUCCAGCCCUCUUCCAGUCACGGGUCAUCCCAGUGCUCCUCCAGCUAUUCGAGGUUCACGAGGAGCAUGUGCGGAUGGUGCUCCUGUCUCAUAUUGAGGCCUAUGUGGAGCACUUUACUCAGGAGCAGCUGAAAAAAGUCAUCUUACCACAGGUGUUGCUGGGCCUGCGUGAUACCAGCAGUUCCAUUGUGGCAGUUACUCUCCACAGCCUUGCAGUGCUGGUCUCUCUCCUUGGACCAGAAGUGGUUGUGGGUGGACAGAGAACGAAGAUCUUCAAACGCACUGCCCCAAGUUUUACUAAAAUGACUGACCUUUCCCCAGAAGAUUCUCCCAGGCAUGUGGUCUGCAGCCAGCACAGUCAGAUCUUGCCCAACUUGGAGAGUCCCUCCUCUAGCACAUUCCCAAAAGGUUUCUCUUCUGGCAACUUUGCCAUCAACAGCAAGGAGCACAUACAGCGAGAUUACUACAGUACUUGUUUAUACACAGGUGAUCAGUUUUCUCAGUCUAUUAAAUUUCCGAUGAAUGGAAUCUCAGAUGUGAAAAACACUUCAGGGGACACUGAAAAUUUCUCAUCAGACCCUAAAAAGUCUGAGGAGUGGCCUGACUGGAGUGAGCCUGAGGAGCCGGAGAGCCACACUGUCAACAUGCACAUUUGGCCUAAAGAGCCCUGUGACACUACUGGGUCCCCAUGCACUGACCCCACUGCAGAAGCAGAGGCUUGGGAAGACUCUGCACCUAGCAGCUCAGGACCCAGCGACUCUGUGCCAGUGCCCCAUACCACUGAGGAGCACAAGUCCAUUCCUGCUUUGCCUCCACUCGAACUAGCUAAACCUCUGGAGUCAACUGUACCCCCAAACAUACAAAACAGAGAAGACCAAGACCAGAACAAGUCACCAAAAGGGCUGUCACAACAAAGACCUCUUAGAGUUCAGUCAGAACUUGGUUUAGGAGAAGAGUUUACCAUACAAGUUAAAAAGAAGCCAGCAGAAGAUCCUGAGUUGGACUGGUUUGCUGAUAUGAUCCCAGAAAUAAAGCCUGCAGCUGCUCUUCUUAUUUUACCUGAACUGAGAACAGAAAUGGUUGUCCCCAUCAAGGAUAAUAUUUCACCAGUGAUGCAGUUUUCCUCAAAAUUUGCUGCAGCAGAAAUGACAGAGGGAGAGGCUGAAGGCUGGGGAGAAGAAGGGGAGCUGAACUGGGAAGAUAGUAACUGGUGACAAUGGACAUGAGUUCAACUUUAGGAAGAAUUCCUCUUUAAAAAGAAAAAUGAAUACCUCAGAUGCAGGCUGUAUGGACACAUACACAAAAAAGAAAAACCAAAGCAGCCUCUUUCUCUGUCCCAGGAGCCCUUGUUCCAGUUUGUGCCAACUGCAGGGUGAGACUACACUCAAGUGUUGGCUGAGCCCAGGGGGCCGAGGGCUCACAGGGCUGGCUUCUAGAAGGCACACCUUCAGCCGAGGCCAGACCAUGAAGAGCAAGAAGCCGAGGAAAGGCUGAUUUACUGCUUUAAAAAAGCACGAAAAUAAAUAUAAAAAGUCAAGCUGGUUAGCUUAAUUUUGUGCCACUUCUUUAACGGUGAGAAAAAUAAGUUCUAUUAUAUAAUACAACUUACUAAAAAAAACUAGCUAUAAAUUAUAAAUGACUCAAGGUUUCCUUAGGCAGCUUAUUUAUUUGUUUACAAUUGUACUAUCUGGGUGAAAGGUCCUUUGUGGACCUAGGCAGUUAUGUUCCACAUGUAUUACCUUGUACCAAAGGUCUUAAUGAGAAGUAUCACCCACAAUCUUGUUCUCUAAAUGUCAAAUAAAGAAUAUUUUCACUAGA